CCUCGCGCGGCUCUCAGCCAAUCAGCGACGAACAGGUCGCGAAAGUGGGAAGGAGGAGGCAAAAUGGCGGCGAAAGGCAGCGGCGGCGGCGGCUCGGGAGGAGGAGGCGGUUAUAGCGGCAGCGGAGGGGCGAAUAAGAACGGGAUUUUGGAGAAGUGGAAAAUCGACGACAAACCUGUCAAAGUGGACAAGUGGGAUGGAUCAGCUGUGAAGAAUUCAUUGGAUGAUUCUGCCAAAAAGGUUCUCUUGGAAAAGUAUAAGUAUGUAGAGAACUUCUGCCUGAUUGAUGGCCGCCUCAUCAUUUGCACCAUCUCCUGCCUCUUCGCCAUUGUGGCUUUAAUAUGGGAUUACCUUCACCCCUUCCCUGAGUCCAAGCCAGUCCUUGCUGUUUGUGUUGUAUCAUAUUUUGUUAUGAUGGGGAUUCUGACCAUCUAUACCUCGUAUAAGGAGAAGAGCAUCUUCCUGGUAGCACACAGAAAAGACCCAGCAGGGAUGGAUCCUGAUGACAUCUGGCAGCUUUCUUCAAGUCUGAAAAGGUUCGAUGACAAGUACACCCUCAAAAUGACAUUCAUCAGCGGCCGAACCAAACAGCAGAGGGAGGCAGAGUUCACCAAGUCCAUCGCCAAAUUCUUUGACUGCAACGGCACUUUAGUCAUGGAAGCCUUUGAGCCAGAGGUCUCCAAGCUUCAUGACAGCCUGCUCACGGAACGGAAGAUGAAGUAGGCUCUACCCAGUGUCCCACCUUCCCGCUGGGCUCAUGCCAACUUUAAGCCAAUAAAGCAAAAUAGCAACGAAUGUUAGCCUCUGUUGUCGUCCUGAAAUCCUCUCUCUAUUUCCACUCUCUUCCCCCCCCCCCUUUCUCUCUCUCAAGAGGAUUGUAAAAUCUAGGACCUAUAAAACAGAAGCAAAUGUCUAAUUCAGAUUGGCUUCGCCUUGCUUUUGGCUCAACAUCUCAAUCUGCUUUGUUAACAUAAAUUGAACUUGGAAGGAAAUUCUCAAAAGGAGAGAGACUCCUGUAUAAUACACUUGCCCACUUGGUGCCUUCCAGAGAGUGUUGGACUACAAUCCCUGCUUUGGCCACACCGGCUGGGGAUGAUGAAAGUUGUAGUCCAGGACAUCUGUACGGCACAGAAAAAGCUGCUAUAUAAUCUGCUGUCCAUUUUUUAAAGCUAGCAGGGCUUUCUAAGACAACUUUCCUUUCAUGCAGCAUUUAGCACAAAAGCAGUGUUGGUUCGGGGGUUCCCAGCUUCAGCCAGGGAAGGAAUUUUGGUUAAUUUGUACAUUGGCAAUUCAAGGCAAUACACGAGUUAUUUUCAAUAAGUCAGUUUCCAUGCACAAGAUUAGUCAUUGUCUUUAAUUUAUCCAACCAGGGAAAGGGAACUUUUUCUUUUGUACAAAUCCUUUCAUUGGAUGAGAGAGAGAGAGAGAGAGAGAGAGAGAGAAACCAAGCAAACCAGAAAGUUUGGUGUACCUGUCCCUGGUGCGUUUCAGGUCAAAGGUAAUUCCAAGAGUUUUUAAAAGAAAUGGGAGCGUUUUAAUACCUUCUUUUGUCCAAUUACUUUGUCUCAUGUGGUGCGUUUUAUUCAUGCUGAACAAUCUCUUCCUUCUCUCUUAUAUAAACUGCCAUUUUCUAAAAUGACCUUUUUUUUUUCAAUAAAAGGAGGAAACUUAAGUGAA